AUGGCCACGCCGCUGACGGCGAUCCCGGACCACAUCCAGGAGGAGAUCUUCCUCCGCUUGCCUACCGCGGCCGACCUCGCCCGUGCCUCCGCCGCCUGCGUCUCCUUCCGCCGACUCGCCACCGGCCGGUCCUUCCUCCGCCGCUUCCGCCGCCUCCACGCCCCGCCGCUCCUCGGCUUCCUCCAGCGCGACCACUUCGUCCCGGCCCUACCACCUCACCCCUCCGCGCCCGCCGCCCGCGCCCUCGCUCUCGCCGCCGACUUCUCCUUCUCGUUCCUCCCCUCCCACUGCCGCUGGAUCGUGCAGGACGUCCGCGACGGCCGCGUCCUCCUCGGUCGCAGGUUUGAAAAGGACGACCCGUCUCCGGUCUUCCGGGAGCUCGCGGUGUGCGACCCCUUGCACCGGCGGCACGUCCUGCUUCCCCCAGUUCCUGACGACCUGGCCCAUUGGGUGGUGGAGCACCAGGUCUACAACCCUUUCAAACCUUUCCUCCUCCCCCUCGCCGAGGAGGAGACGGAAGAGACAGCAUUCAGAAUCAUCUGGAUGGCGCAUUGCAGAACUAAGCUGGCCGCGUUUGUCUUCUCUUCGAGCACCGGAAAAUGGCAAGCCACCAAGGGCGGGCCGACUGGUUUGGUCCUUGACAGGGGCGACUCGGCCAUAAUGUCACGGAUCCACCCUCAUUUUCUCAUGCGCCAUUACGCCUAUGGCUGCUUCUACUGGGACUGGCUGGUGACCGGGAGUAAAAAGUUGCUCAUGCUUGACACCAGGAGGAUGGAGUUCUCCUUUGCCGACCUCCCGCCCGGAGAAUGGAGUAAACAUGUAGCCAUUGUGGAGGCAGGGGAAGGCAGGCCUGGGAUUUUUAGGUUCCAUGGUGAAAUUGCAUCUGAUCUCAGCUAUGCCAUUGCGCAAAAGGCAGGCGAGAGUCCGAGCCAGUGGCAAAUGUUGAAGACAAUCUCACUAGACCCUGGAUACAUAUAUUCUAUUGAUGCUGCUACGGGAAGGUAUUUGCUGUUGGUUAGGACGGCAGCCUCUUCUGUAGACAAUUUGGUAGAGAAUUCACUCAUCGAAUAUUUCUCAAUGGACGCCAAGAUGUUGCAGCUUCAGAGGGUUUGUGCCAAACAAUGCUCGCUUAUGUAUAAUGGGACACACAUAUAUGCCGACUUCCCACCAUCAUUGUUGUCUUCAUGGGCAAUAUAA